AUGAAGAUCAAUACUCUUGCACUCUCAGUACUAUACGCAUGCCUUGCAUCGGCAUUGCCAGUCUCGCCCAUUUCUGUUGCACACAAUGAGUUGAGCGUUGUCGUCGAAAGAACAAAGUCCAGCAACAAGGCCUGGGAUUACGGCCAUGUGGAUGCACGCGCCAGCAUCGAGGGUGACGGCGACGAGAGCUGGGACUACGGCAAGCGCGCAAGCAUUGAAGAUGACGGCGACAAGAGCUGGGAUUAUGGCAAACGUGCUAGCAUCGAGGGCGAUGGUGACGAAAGCUGGGACUACGGCAAGCGCAGCGACGACGAGGAAGUCAGCACGAAACAAUCCUGGGACUAUGGAAAGCGUGGUGAUGAUGAAGAGGUCAACACGAAACAGUCUUGGGAUUACGGCAAGAACAAGGCUUAA